AUGGCGGCGGUGAAAGUGGAGGAGGACGAGGGGAGCGCGUGGAACUGGCCCAAUCUGGCGGCGUCGAGCCCUUUGCCGUCAGCUUCAGACGCAACAAACUAUGGAGCCGGCGCGGGGAUGUCGCCGGUGGUGUUCAGCCCGGCGGAUUCAGUCUCCGGUCGCAGGCGAACAAGUGGCCCUGUAAGGAGAGCUAAGGGUGGCUGGACAUUAGAAGAGGAUGAAACAUUGCGGAAUGCAGUUUAUGCUUGUGAGGGAAAAAAUUGGAAGAAGAUAGCUCAAUCUUUCCCUGAUAGAACAGCGGUACAAUGCCUGCAUAGAUGGCAAAAAGUUCUUAAUCCUGAACUUAAAAAAGGUCCUUGGACCCAAGAGGAAGAUGAUAUGAUUAUCAAUAUGGUAAAGAAGCAUGGCCCCCAAAAAUGGUCCGUUAUAGCAAGGUCACUAGAUGGUCGCAUUGGCAAACAAUGCCGAGAGAGGUGGCAUAAUCAUUUGGAUCCUCAAAUAAAUAAGAAGCCAUGGACUGUUGAGGAGGAGUGUGUGGUUGCUGAUGCUCAUCGUUUGCAUGGGAACAAAUGGGCAGAAAUUGCGAAACUUCUUCCUGGAAGGACAGAUAACUCCAUUAAAAACCAUUGGAAUAGUUCAUUAAGAAAAAGGCUAGGUGACUACAAUGCCAGCAGCACUGCACCAGUUUCUGUGCGUAUGGUUCGUAAUACUUUGAAGCAUGCAAAUGCAAAGCUGCCAACUUCUGGGAACCAUAUUGACUUGAACAAGGAGCCCAAUAUCUAUUUCAAACACCCCCCAGAAUUUUUUGAUCAUUCUGAACAUACAACUCAUCUGCACUCUUCCAAUUUGAAAAAUAUCAAGAGCUAUUCAGAUUUCCUCUCUCUUUCUAUGCCAACAGCUCAACCAGAAAUUCUGUGUGAGGCAUUAGAAGCUAAUUAUUCUGCUGUUGCUUUAGCAAUGCAAGGGCUGAAAAUGGAUUCUGUUCAUGAUAAGGGCACAGAAAUAGAUUUUUUUUGCAAGGAUCAUCCUGAAGAUCCGCUCAAUGUGGAUGCAGUGAUGCUUGAUAGUGUAACAGAUACAAUGGUGUAUUCAGGAUCAGCUAGGGCAGGAGGCAAAACAGCCAACAAUGUUUGUGGAUUAUCCUUGCCGAAUGAGUCUAAUUCUUUUGGUUCUCUUUGUUAUGAGAUACCUAAGCUAGAAGAUAUUGUCCCUUCUCAUUCCCCUAUUUUUUCUACACAUCACGUAUUGGAAGGCUGUGGGGAUGGAUAUCAAUCACCCGUUGACUAUAGUACCUCCCCUGUGGAUGGAGAAAUAUCAGACCAGCUAAGUGUUGAAUCAAUAUUGAAGAGUGCAGCUGAAAGUUUUCCAGGUACUCCUUCAAUUUUAAGGCGAAGAAAAAGGGAGAAACCAUCACAUGCUCAAGAUAGUAAUUUGAAGACCAAUAUAUUAAACAGUGAUGGUUUUCAUACUCCCUUGGAAAAGUGCACCGCAGAAAGCUCGCAUUCGUUCAAGACUGCAACAUUUUUGUCCUUGGGUCCUCCAGAUGACGAAGGGUUAUCUGCUGCUUUAGGGAGUUUUGAUGUUUCCCCUCCAUAUCGACUAAGGUCAAAAAGGUUGGCUAUCUUGAAAACUGUUGAGAAGAAGCAUCUAGAUUUUUCAUCAGAUGGGAUGGACAAUUGUGAUACUCCUGAUAAUAUGAAGAAGUCUGUUUCCUGGAAUACCGAAUGCACCAAUUCCCACUCAGAUGUUUCAAGCAUGCAAGAAAAGAAAAUGAAGGAGCAUAUGAUUGGCUUGGAAACUUUGGCCAAGGAAUCUGCACAUACAAUCAAGUAUUUAAUUCUACAGCCUCCAGGUAUUAUCUAA